AUGCCACCAAGAUUUAUUCGCGAACUCGUCCCGCGUCGCGAGAAUCGUGCCCCUCUUGGUGCUGUAGUUGUUGCACUCAGAAGUCUCACCUGGGUGCAGUGGGCUCAGUUCUUGUCUGGUUGGUUUGCCUGGGCAUGCGACGCCCUUGAUUUCGUCGCAGUAACGCUCACGAUACCACUAUUGUCUGAACAAUUUGGAAAGUCAACGAGUGCGGUCACGACCGCCUUCACGUUGACACUCUUAUUCCGAUCAGUCGGUGCAGUGAUAUUUGGUAUGAUAUCUGACCGGUUUGGUCGCAAGUGGCCUUUGGUUAUUAAUCUCAUUAUCUGCGGUGUUCUUGAACUGGGAACUGGCUUUGUCAACACGUUUCAGCAAUUCCUUGCCCUUCGUGCCCUAUUCGGUAUUGCUAUGGGUGGAAUCUGGGGACUUUCGUCGUCCUCAGCUCUUGAGAACUUGCCCGUUGAACUCCGUGGGAUUGGAAGUGGUGUUUUGCAGGAAGGCUAUGCUAUCGGAUACCUGAUUGCAGCCGUUAUCAACCUGACCUUGGUAGCCCAGCACGGAUGGCGGGCGCUUUUCUGGACUGGAGCAGGCAUCACCUUCUUCGCCGCAGUCGUCCGUGCUCUUAUCCCCGAGAGUGCAUUCUUCCUGCGUAAAGAACAAGAGAAGGCGAGAGGGACCAAUACCUCGCAGAAUUUCCUUAGGGAAACAAAGGAGAUGCUCAAGCUUCACUGGCCCUUAUGCAUUUACGCAGUGCUCUUAAUGACGGGACUCAAUUUUUUGUCUCACGGUUCACAGGACCUGUAUCCCACAUAUCUCCAGAUCACUAAGGGCUUCAGUGCCCACGAUGCCACUGUCGCGACCAUUAUUAGCAACUGCGGAGGUCUUGUUGGCGGUGCUCUGGGUGGAUGGGUGAGCCAGUACAUUGGACGCCGCCUGACGAUCGUAUCUUCUGUGCUUCUCGUCGGAGUGUUCAUUCCAUUAUGGGUUCUACCCUUCUCAUUCUCUGCCCUCUCUGCUGGAGCAUUCUGUAUUCAAGUUGGUGUUCAGGGAGCGUGGGGCGUCAUCCCUAUCCAACUGGCUGAGAUGUCCCCACCAGCAUUCAGAGCAACAUUCCCUGGUGUCGUUUACCAGCUCGGCAAUAUGGUUUCGGCAGCAUCAGCACAAAUUGAAGCCACUGGUGGUGACCACUUGAAGACAACAAUCAUGGAGAAUGGAGUCCUCACAGUGGUCCCAGAUUAUGCAACGGCAAGUCACUUAUGGCUCCGCUCACACACGGUCUUAUUCAUACUUCAUCAGGUGCAAGCUAUCUUCAUCGGUGCCGUUGCUGCAUUCGUCAUCGUUAUCGCAAUCAUUGGGCCCGAAAACCACGGUUCUCAUUUCGAGAACGCCGAUGCCGCUUCCGGGGAUGAGGUUUCAACGGAUAACACAUCACAAAAGUCAUAUCGUGAGGUAGACGAGAAGAGUAGUGUUUAG